AGUCUAAAAUCCUUGGAGAAGGAUAUGGGUGAAAACGUUGAUUUACAUGUAUUCGAGAUAAGCACAAUAGUUGCAGCAACGGACAAUUUCUCCCUAUUAAGUAAGCUUGGGGAAGGUGGCUUCGGUUCAGUUUAUAAAGGUAGACUACAAAAUGGACAAGAAGUUGCCGUAAAAAGAUUAUCACAAAGCUCAGGUCAAGGGAUGCAAGAAUUCAAGAAUGAAGUUACAUUGAUAGGGAAACUUCAACACAGAAAUCUAGUACGACUUCUGGGAUAUUGUUUUCAUACAGAAGAGAAGAUGUUAGUCUAUGAAUACCUACCAAACAAAGGCUUGGAUUGUUUCAUCUUUGAUCAAGAAAAAGGGUCACUUUUAGAUUGGAAAACACGAUUCCAGAUCAUUCGAGGAAUUGUCCGUGGCUUGCUAUAUCUUCAUCAGGAUUCAAGGUUGAGAAUCAUCCAUAGGGAUUUAAAAGCAAGCAACAUUUUACUAGAUGCAGAUUUAAAUCCCAAAAUUUCUGAUUUUGGAAUGGCAAAAAUCUUUGGAGGGGAUCAGGAAGAAGCUACAACACUUAGAGUUGUCGGAACAUACGGCUAUAUGUCUCCAGAGUAUGCAAUGGAAGGGCUUUUUUCGGUGAAAUCUGAUGUUUAUAGUUUUGGAAUUCUAGUUUUAGAGAUAAUAAGUGGUAGAAAAAACACUAGUUAUUAUAUGGAGAGCUCGGUUAACUUGAUCGGACAUGUUUGGGACUUGUGGAAACAAGAGAGUGCACUAAAGAUAGUUGAUCGGGCAUUAGGAGAUUCAUUUGACGCUGAUGAAAUUCUACGAUGCAUCCAUGUCGGAAUUCUAUGUCUUCAAGAGCAAGCAAGUGAUCGGCCAACAAUGACAGACGUAGCAUUUAUGCUGAGUAAUCGCGAUACAAAACUUCCAUCUCCAAAUCAACCAGCAUUUAUUUUUAGAAACUCAACGACAGCAUCACCGAGUGCCGGGGUUGGCUCUGUCGAUAGUGAGACCAUCAGCAUCCUUCAUGCUCGAUAACUUCAUGAUGC